AUGCUAUUUCUCUUCCCAAUAUUAACGAUAAUCGCAACACUAUCCCUGGCUUUCUUUUUCUACCAAAGGUUCUUGGAACCAUUGUAUGGUUCAGUCCCUACGAACAACUACAUGGACAAACUUAUCUGGCUCCCCUGUCUUCUCGGUGCAUACGCCCCAUCACCCUCACUAUGGAGCUCUUUGGGUCUGUUUGGAGUACUGCUCUCGGCGUUGCCUCUAUCUUCGUAUUGGGUUGCUGCUCUUACUGCUAGAUGGGGAGACCCUCUCAUUGGACCUCUGGUCACUCAUGCACUUGUGUUGAUUCCGGUUGUCUACGCGGGUAUCGCGACUGUGAGCAAGAUUGUGGUACGUCAAAUUUAUAUAAUGAAUUUGAGGAUGGGCGCCCCUCGGAACAAUAUGCCAUACAUUCGUCUCUUCGGCUUAGAUGCUCAAUUCCUGAAUUAUCGUUUCAGCGCAUCAUUGAGAGCCAGUCAAGCCAAACGACUAUGUUACGGUAUACGAUCCUUCCGGCUUGCGGAUCAAUUACAACUCUGUGGUGGUUUAUGCAUCACCAUUUUUGCUGUCUCUCUACCACUACGUGCUCCUGCAUCAGCAAAAUCGUCUUCAGGAUUUUCACUCCCGUGGCAAACCAUCGUACCCGUCAUCGUGCUCCCCCUGCUCCCAUUGCUCCUUCCAAAACUUGAGCCACCGACUCUCACACGUCCACUUAUAGAGCCCUUCGUUGACGCUACUGCCUCCAUGCGUAUCCUCUACUCUGAACGCUCACGCACGGGCCAUAUUCUCGUCGGCGAAACUCUUCCCAAUCCGGACUGGAAACCCGACGCAAACGAGUCGUAUCCCUCUUCCAUGCGCUAUCUCAGAGCGUCUCAUUCGCUGCUGGGAGGCAACUGGGUUAGCCCCAAAGUCUUCGCUCGAGAUCCGACGACAGUGCUCUUCAAGGACGAGGCUGGUACACCUCUGGGAGAUACCAUUUAUAGUGCAUUCGUGGUUCAAGAGGCCGUGCGGUUGUUCGAGAUCGAGGGACGGUCUUUCGAUGAAGGGGAGCACGCUCUGCUCAUCGGCCUUGGCACCGGAAACGCAGCCACUGCUCUGAUCAAGCACGGCGUCCCAACGACCGUCGUUGAAAUCGACCCAGCAGUCUACAAUGUUUCGCGUCAGUUCUUUGGACUACCGGACGUCGGAGACGAUCAUGUAUUCCUUGAGGACGCCCGUACCUAUGUGAGGAAGAAGAAGACGCAAUUGGAGCAGGGCUCGAAGGACCCUAAGUUUACCUACGUUAUUCACGAUUUGUUCUCUGGCGGUGGUGUGCCUGCCCAUCUGUUCACAUCACAGUUUUGGGAGGAGUUGAAGGCGAUUAUGCAUCCUGAAGGGGUGGUUGCUGUGAAUUUCGCUGGAUUGCUAGGCACGGACUCAUCGAGGGCGGUGUUACUCACUUUAAAGAAAAGCUUUGGUCAAUGUCGCGCUUUCCAUGAUUCACAGAAAGUCAUGACGGACGAAGAGUUGCUUGCUGGCUUUAUGAACAUGGUCUUCUUCUGCACGCCGUCGACCAAACCAAUGACGUUCCGCACAUUGAGAGAAGAAGACUUCCUAAACUCCAACCUCCGCUCCAACAUCCUGGGCAACCUUCCUAAAAGCGAGAUCGACGCUAAACUCAUCCGAGGAGACAUGAAAGGGGAGGACGGAGAGAAGUGGGUACUGAAGGACGAGAAUAAUCGGCUUGCGCUUUGGCAGCACUCGGGAGCUUUGGAUCAUUGGAAGGUGAUGCGCCAGAUUUUGCCUGAUGUGUUUUGGGAGACGUUUUGAGCGGUGGAGGAAUUUGUCUGAACAAAAAUCUCAGGAUAGACUCAAGGCCACAUACUACUUGUUUUGACAUACUGCCGUGGAGAAUAUUCAUCACAUUCGCUGG